AGGAAAAUUAGUGGACCAAGAGUGAAGAGGACUUUCCAGGUGAAGGUGAAGUGGAAUUCAGCCCUCUCAGGUACCUCUGGCUUCAUGGCAGAGAAGAACCUCACCUUAGUGACUGAAUUCCUCCUUAUAGCAUUCACUGAGUAUCCUGAACAGGCAUUCCCCCUCUUCCUCCUGUUUCUGUUUAUCUACCUUAUCACCUUGUUGGGGAACUGGGGCAUGAUUAUCCUGAUCCAUGUAGAUCGCCGGCUCCACACCCCAAUGUACUUCCUUUUGAGUCACCUCUCUUUCAUGGACAUCUGCUAUUCGUCUGUCACCGUGCCUCAAAUGUUGGCCAUGUUGCUGGAGCUUGGAGCAGCUUUAUCCUACACACGCUGUGCUGCUCAGUUUUUCCUCUUCACCUUCUUUGGUUCCAUUGACUGCUACCUCCUGGCCCUCAUGGCUUAUGACCGCUAUGUGGCUGUGUGCCAACCCCUGCUUUAUGCCACCAUCAUGACACAGAAGGUCCGUUUGGGUUUUGUGGCUGGGGCUUACACUGCUGGUCUCUUCAGUGCCUUGGUGCGAACAGUCUCAGCUUUCACUCUCUCCUUCUGUGGAACCAAUGAGAUCGACUUUAUUUUCUGUGACCUCCCUCCCCUUUUAAAGUUGACCUGUGGGGACAGCUACACCCAGGAAGUGGUCAUUAUUGUGUUUGCCAUUUUUGUUAUCCCUGCCUGCAUGGUGGUGAUCUUGGUGUCCUACCUGUUUAUCAUUGUGGCCAUUAUGAAGAUCCCCUCAACUGGAGGCAGGGCCAAGACCUUCUCUACCUGUACCUCCCACCUCACCUCUGUGUCGUUGUUCUUCGGCACCCUCAUCUUCAUGUACUUGCGGAAUAACUCUGGCCAAUCAUCAAAGGAGGAUCGAGUGGUUUCUGUGUUCUACACAGCAGUCAUCCCCAUGUUGAACCCCCUCAUUUACAGCCUGAGGAACAAGGAAGUGAAGGAGGCUCUGAGGAAAAGUCUGAACAGGGCCAAGUUGUCCUAA